AUGGAGGAUAUUUUGGACCAACGCAUUCCCCCCCCUACACAUCAAGAAGCAGGGGAAGUGGUCUCUCUAGUGCAGAUAGCUUUUGCAUGCUUGAAUCCCAGUCCUCCAUCUCGUCCAACAAUGAAACAAGUUUCUCAACACCUCUCAACUCAGAGGCUGCAUUUGUCCAAGUCAGUGCAUAUGAUAACAUGUGGUGAAUUGCUUGCUCUCGACGGUUUUACAACCCGAGGAAAUAAGCAACAUGAGAGUUUGGAGAUGCUCAACCUUUCCCACAAUAAUCUUUCUGGCUUUAUUCCAACGAGUUUUGAAGACAUGAAUGGGUUGUCGUAUGUUUACAAUACUACGAUGACUUUGAGGGUCCCCUGCCCAACAGCAGUGCAUUUCGGAAUGCUCUUCCAGAAGCAUUGCAGGGGAACAAGUACUGUGCGGCAACAUUGGAGCUCUACAAUCCUUGAAGAAAUUUCUUUUUCAAUUCUAGAUUUUGAUGGGAAAACAAUGUAUGAGGAAAUCAUAAGGGCGACAGAAGAUUUUGAUUCCAUAUAUUGCAUUGGGACGGGAGGAAAUGGAAGUGUUUACAGUUACAGAGCAAAUUUUUCAUUUGCAACAUGCUUUAUGGGUUUCUAUUCACAUCACCGACACUUGUUUUUGGUGUAUGAGUUUCUCGAAAGAGGUAGCUUGGCCACAACGCUGAGCAAUGAUCAUGAAGCUAAAGACUGGGGUGGAGUAAAGGGUCUGCAGUGUCGACCAACGAUGAAGAAUUUUCUCAGCUCCUCUCAUAAACUCAAGGCUGCAUUUGUCAAAGCCAUUGCAUAUGACAACAUUUGUGUCAUCAUGCAUUUUGGUAUCAGAGAAUUCAUAGGAUUAGGUCCCAACAUCACACUUGAGCAACAGAUCUAUGCUCUGAAUGGUACUAAACCAUUCAGGGAAUUAGAUUUGAACUCCUAUUGA